AUGACUCGGCAUUGUUUUUAUGCAAACACAUUGAAUUAUUCGUGGGAUUUGUAACAAUUUGUGAUUGGUCUAAUUUAAAUUUUACAAAGUAUUUUAAUAAAAUGUCAUCAGAUAAAGACAAGGAAAAAGAUAAAAAUGCCAAAGCUGAUUUGGGUCUUUUGGAAGAGGAUGACGAAUUUGAGGAAUUCCCAAUCGAAGACUUCAAUAUUGCGGAUGAUGAUCAAGAUGAAGUGAACGUGUGGGAAGAUAAUUGGGAUGAUGACAAUGUCGAGGAUGAUUUCAUUCAGCAACUCAAAGCGCAUUUACAAAAACAAGCGAUGGAAAUAUAAAAUCAUUCAUCUAUAAGUUAUCUACAAAUUAGUUUUAGUGAAAUCAGCUAAUAAAUUUUGCACAUUGUAAAACCGGUUAAACAAAACUGAAA